AUGUUCGACCAGCAUCUAGGUAUGGCAUCACCCUCGAAACCCCGGCUGAGAUCCGCUCACAAGGAGAAAAUUGUAAGCGAGGGUUACAGAGACAACGACGAAAGAGAGCUGGAAAAGAAGGCCGAGGGGCUCCCUGGCUCGAUCCCAGACAAUUUGUUUCUACACAAAGAAAGCAAAUCCACCCUCCAAGACAUGAAAGCAAGGCACGAGCAAUCUAUGAUGAACCACAAACUACUAGACGAAGAAUAUGUCAAGUGGUUCGUAGAAGCCCUCGAGGAAGACUUGGAUGAGGAGGAAAUGUGUAUGCGACAGGCCACAGGGAGCAUUUCCUUGGCGAAACUUAAAGCGCAAGGCUACGGAGACGAGUACACGAUUGAAAGAGGGCAUUUCAAUCAAUUUAAAAAGAUUUGGCUUCACAUUGAAAGCUUGAGCAGCGUCGAAUACGAAGUCCAGAAUGCAGAGUUGACGGUUAAGGCUGGAGGUACCCUUUUACUUUACUCGAGAAAGCAGCAUCAGAACAACAGCCGUGUCUCGAUGACCCUAGCAAAUGUUUCAUUGGACUCUCUGAAACCGGGUGAACGCAGAGGAGAGGUUAUGAAGGUUGUGGCGCCAUUUGGACUUGAAGGAUCAACUGAAGGCUCACUGGUGGAACGCGUCUCUUCCAGCGGAGUGAGAUGUUUGAAGUGUCUCAAGGGCGGCGAGGAGAAUGGUCACGACCGCUAUGGUACCGUAGGCACGAUCGACGGAACAGGAGGAAGGCUGUCAUCUGGUGGCGUUGAGGUACAGUAUUUGAGGGCCAAAGAUGGGAGCCUUAAGAAAGAAACCCUGAUGGCCUGGAAGGAUUAG